AUGAAUCUUUCAGUAGCAUUCUUUGCUCUUCUAUUUACAGUGGUAAACUUCGAUUACUCUACUGUGUUUAGUGUAGCUCCAUUUAUUAAUGAAACAUUGGUAGUUCUAAUUGGUCUGCUGUUUCUACUGGCGGCAAUGGGUAAGAGUACACAGCUUAGUCUCCACACAUGGCUACCAGAUGCUCUGAAAGGUCUAAUUCCUGUUAGUGCUCUGAUACAUGCUGCUACGCUAGGCUCUUACUGCUUUUUUGCGGAAAGUACAGGUCUACUACAAAAUGUUCUUAAACAAGUAAUCGCUUACUCUACAUGUUCUCAAAUGGGUUUUCUAUUUAUAGCAUGUGCGAGUCUCAUUGGUUCCCUAAGUCUAAUGGCUGUACCAUGGAUGACAGGAUAUUAUUCUAAAAAUCAUAUUCUAGAAGUCGCUUACGGACAAUACCAAUUCUCAGGUCAUGUUGCUUAUUGGCUAGGUGCAAUCUCAGCAUAUCUUACACUUCACUCACCGGUACCACUACACGCGUAUAACGUACUACCUGCUCAAUCAUAG